ACGGCGGGGCGCCCGGGCCGGGCUGGCACCGGUGCCCGCCGUCGGCGGCCACUUCCGGGGCGGAUCGGAAGUGGCUUUGUUUUGCUGCAAGAUGGCUGCUGGGAUGUAUUUGGAACAUUAUCUGGACAGUAUUGAGAACCUCCCAUUUGAAUUGCAGAGAAACUUUCAGCUCAUGAGGGACCUAGACCAAAGAACAGAGGACCUGAAGGCUGAAAUUGACAAGCUGGCCACUGAAUACAUGAGCAGUGCCCGCAGCCUGAGCCCCGAGGAAAAACUGGCCCUUCUCAGGCAGAUCCAGGAGGCCUAUGGCAAGUGCAAGGAGUUUGGGGACGACAAGGUGCAGCUGGCCAUGCAGACCUAUGAGAUGGUGGACAAACACAUUAGGCGGCUAGACACAGACUUGGCUCGUUUUGAGGCUGAUCUGAAGGAGAAGCAGAUGGAGUCGAGUGACUAUGACAGCUCUUCCAGCAAAGGCAAAAAGAAAGGCAGGACUCAGAAGGAGAAGAAAGCUGCCCGGGCCCGCUCCAAAGGGAAGAACUCCGACGAAGAGGCCCCUAAGGCCACCCAGAAGAAGCUAAAACUCGUGCGCACAAGUCCUGAGUAUGGAAUGCCCUCAGUGACCUUUGGCAGUGUCCACCCCUCUGAUGUGUUGGAUAUGCCUGUGGAUCCCAACGAACCCACAUAUUGCCUUUGUCACCAGGUCUCCUACGGAGAGAUGAUUGGCUGUGACAAUCCAGAUUGUUCCAUCGAGUGGUUCCAUUUUGCUUGUGUGGGGCUGACAACGAAACCCCGAGGGAAAUGGUUUUGCCCACGCUGCUCCCAAGAACGAAAGAAGAAAUAGAUGGGGGCCUUGUAUUCCAUCACAGAUUCGCCCACAUCCCCUGAGCUGGGCUGGUGGGCAGAGAAAGGCCUGUGCUGGGGCGUGGGGGUGCAGGGAGAUGUGGAUGGUGUAGUACGGUCACCCCUUCUCCCGCCCCUCGCUCCCGGUGCUGAGGUUGCACCCACACCUUGGUGGGGAGGGUGCUGCCUGCUGCCACUGCUGGCGUGACCUCUCAUUCCUCUCUCUCCUCCACAGGGACAUGAUCUUGCCCACUGUCCUUGUGCCUCCAUGCUGAGGUUGGUGCUGUCUGAGAGGGAGUUCGCUCCAUCCCCUUGCUUUGUAUUUAAGGACUGAGGCAGUAGACUAGGCUGUUUCUCCAGCCUCCUUCAUCCUCCCUCCUCCCUCCGCCUAGUGGAGGGUGACACGGAUGAACCUUCUUCCACAUUCUCUGUUUCCUCAUGGCGAGGUAUCUCCUAGAUCACUUGGGCUCUAGCCGAGCUAAAGGAGCACCCCACCUUCUAUGCCAAGGGGAUUCAUCCUGGCCUUGAAUGGGAGAGGGGAUCAGGUGAAACAGCUUACUCACAUGUAAAAGGAGCUUGGGUAGGCAAAUAAAACUGUACAUGUUGGCCUGCUGUGUUUAUUGUAGAGGCGCUGUUUUGGGACACGGUUCUAAGCAUUCCUUUUGUAUCCUCUGGCUCUUAUGAGAGGAGGGAGAGAUGGCUUGCCAGAAGUAGAACAAGACAUGAAACCCAAAGUGGUACCUGUGCGUUGACAUCCCAACCUUCUCCAGCUGCAGGGGUGCCUCAGACCGAGGGUCAUGGAACUUUGUAAAUGAUGCGUAUGUUACCCAUGAAACACACCUUUUGCUUAAUUUCUGAUAAAUCAUGUAUUUGUGUUAUUUUUGUGUGCUAUGACACUAUUAGCUUGAUUUUUUUUUUAUUUGAGAAUAAAUACUUUCUUCCCAAACUUUA